AUGGAGGAUGUUGGCGUGUUUGCUAGUUGUCCCAGACAGCCCAACAAGUUGCAUUUCUUUACUGAAACUGAGAAUUGGGAGCUGCUCCGCUGGGAGGCUCUCCUCAAGCUGGAUUGUCCUCCCGAAUUGGAAAUUGUUGGUCAACUGAUUGCAAGAGAUUGUGAGGGACUUCCUCUUGCAAUAGUCGUCAUUGAAGGCAUCCUUGCUGCAAAAUUCUCAGCCAAGGACUCAACUGAAGUGAGAAAAGCAUGGGAAAAGGUAUCCAUGAGGGUGAAUACAUAUCUUAGUGAGAAUGAUUCUGCAAAUCGCAUGAAGAAGUUUAUAUCUCUAAGUUAUGAUAGAUAA